CUGAAGCAGAAGCGUAUCUAUUCCUCUCUCUCUCUACUUUGACCGUUCCUCUUUCUUAUUAUUCUUCGAGCCUCAUCAUCAUCGUCGAGCUUCCUACUCCGAUUCCUACUUCUCCCUCUGAUUCUCUACCAUUCCAAUCAAUCCAUCAAUCUCUCUCUCUCUCUACCGUGUUAGGGUUCUUCUUCUUCUUCUUCUUCUUCCUCCUCAGACAGACCCUUUCUCUGUCUCUGCUUGUACCUUGUACCCUCCUCUCCGUAUCUACUCCAUUGUCUCCCUUUUUCUCUUCUCUCUUUUCACCUUUUAUUAUUUCCCUUUGCUUCUUUCGAGAAGCUGGUUUGUAAGCCAUGGAACCCAAUGGGCACAGGAAAGAGAGAAGGAAGGAACAUUUUGGGAGAGUCAAUGGUGAUGUUGAGACUGAUCUUGAUCCAUGGACUGCAUGGGCUUACAAGCCUCGCACAAUCUCUCUUCUCCUUAUUGGCGCAUGUUUUCUCAUUUGGGCAAGUGGAGCUCUUGAUCCCGAAAGCACCACAUCUGAUGAUCUUGUCACUUCUGUCAAAAGAGGAGUAUGGGCUAUGAUUGCAGUUUUUCUUGCUUACUCUUUGCUCCAGGCCCCUUCAACGGUUUUAAUCAGGCCACAUCCUGCGAUCUGGCGCUUAGUUCAUGGCAUGGCCGUCAUUUACUUAGUUGCACUUACUUUUUUACUCUUCCAGAGACGCGAUGAUGCCCGGCAGUUCAUGAAGUUUCUUCACCCUGACCUUGGAAUCGAGCUUCCUGAGAGAUCAUACGGUGCUGAUUGCCGUAUUUAUGUGCCUGAUCACCCAACAAACAGGUUUAAAAAUCUUUAUGACACAGUAUUUGACGAGUUUUUCUUGGCUCACAUCUUUGGAUGGUGGGGAAAAGCAAUUCUGAUCCGGAAUCAGCCACUUCUGUGGGUGCUUUCAAUUGGUUUUGAGCUAUUGGAGCUUACUUUUCGGCACAUGUUACCCAAUUUCAACGAGUGCUGGUGGGACAGUAUUGUUCUUGAUAUCUUGAUAUGCAACUGGUUUGGGAUCUGGGCAGGAAUGUAUACAGUACGCUACUUUGAUGGAAAAACAUACGAGUGGGUUGGCAUUAGCCGCCAGCCUAACAUUAUUGGCAAAGUGAAAAGGACACUGGGGCAGUUCACACCAGCUCAUUGGGACAAAGAUGAGUGGCAUCCGCUGCAGGGACCUUGGCGUUUUAUUCAAGUACUCACUCUUUGCAUCGUCUUCUUGACAGUGGAGCUGAACACAUUCUUCCUCAAGUUUAGCCUGUGGAUCCCUCCUCGAAACCCAGUGAUUCUUUAUAGGCUGAUCCUGUGGUGGCUCAUAGCGAUACCAACAACACGGGAAUACAAUUCAUAUCUCCAAGACCGGAAACCUGUGAAAAAGGUGGGAUCAUUCUGUUGGCUGUCACUGGGGAUUUGCAUAGUAGAACUUCUCAUCUGCAUCAAGUUUGGAAGUGGAUUGUACCCAACAGAAAUGCCAUUGUGGGUAGUGACACUUUGGGGAAGUGUGGGACUUGGACUUGUGGCCUUCUUGCUGGGUUGGACAUGGAAGAUCCAGAAGACCCUCGAGAGAAAGAGACGCUAAGCUCGUCAUUAUUGUUGCAGCAGAUGAGACUCUGGUUAGUGGUCCUUAUUGUUGCAGCAUAGAGACAGAGAGAGAGAGGUGAGACAGUCAAAUGCCAUUGUAGGUUUUGGUUUUUGUAAAUAGGGAGAAGAACAAUGUAAAUGCAAUUUUCUUUAGGGCUAGUUGUGUGAUAUUUACAUUACAGAGCUUUCAUCAAUUCUUUCAUGCAACAAAAUUGCUUUCA